UCCAUCCACCGCUUUUGGCUUACACACGUCUCCCCGCCGCCGCCGCUGUGGGCUGUGGGGUACCGUACCAGAGCGGCAGCCGAACGAGCUCGCCGCAGCUGCUCGUGCGAUCGGCGGUGCACGCAUGGCGGCGACGCUGCUACAGGCGCACGACGUGUCGGACCUCUGCAUCGGCAAGCCGGCGCUGCGGUGGCUGCCGCCGUCCUCCACCGUCGCGGACGCCGCCGCCGAGCUCGAGGGCGCGGAGGCCAUCGCGGUCUGGGACGGCGAGGAGGGGUCGGACGUGGCCGGCCGGGUGUGCAUGGCCGACGUGCUGCUCUUCCUCUGCGCCGGCGCCAACCUCGCCUCCCCGGCCGCCGCGCUCCAGGCCACCCUCUCCGACCUGCUCGCGGCCGCCGCGCCGCCGCCCGUCCGCCGCAUCGAGCCCGACGCGAGUGUGCUGGAGGCAGUGGACUCGCUCUUGGGCGGCGCGCACAGCCUCGUGGUGCCGAUUCGGGAGCGGUGGCGGCGCGCCGGCCGCGCCGAGCUGUGCUGGCUCACGCUGGAGGACGUGGUGCGCUUCUUCCUGAGCUCCAUCGGCCUCUUCUCCCCGACCGCCUCCCGCUCCGUCUCCGACCUCGGCGUCGUCCGCCCGGCCGCCAACCUCGCCGUCGCCGCCGGGGACAGCGCGCUCUCCGCCCUGCCGCUCCUCUCCCGACAGCCCACAUCGCCGUCCGCUCUCUGCUCCAGCGACGAAGACAACGACGGCAAGAGGUGCGUGGCGUCGCCGUGCGCGAGGCGAGGCAAGCGCGGCCCGUUCUCGUCGCGCGCCAUGGGGUGGCGGCCGGCGGCGGAGGCGAUCGUGUGCCGCAGGGGUAGCUCGCUGGUGGCGGUGAUGGUGCAGGCGAUGGCGCACCGCGCGACGCACGUGUGGGUGGUGGACGAGGAGGGGGAGGAGCGCGAGCUUGUGCUGGUGGGCGUCGUCGGCCUGCUCGACGUGCUGCGUGUGCUCAGGCACCACCUGCACCAGCCGCCUCCCAUCUAGCGACCAACUAGAUUUGCCAGAUGAAUCAGGGGGUGGAUCUGUAGCAAUUUUGCAAGUCAGAGAGUGUACAUGGAUGGCGAUUUGCUUUGCUGUAUAAAUCCGUGAAGUCAGAGAGUGAUGGCAUGUCUGAGACACGAGCAGAAUUCCCAGUUCCGAUGCUUGGUUUCAUUCAUCUCGGGUGGCCCCGAAACUUAACGUGUUUCUUUGGCGGCACACCUAGUACUGUAUGUGUAUAUGGUUCGGUUCCA